GUAGUGGUUGACAAUGAGAAAGAUAAGCCAGGUAGUGUCAAAGAGAUCAGUGCUAGAGAAGCUAAUGGCACGUGGCUUUCACACGAAGAAACUAGUGAAGUUGCCAAAAUGUUUAGACGAGUGAAAGCAAUGCUGCCUUCUAUAAAUUUCGAGUCCAGCGAGAAGUGGCAGAUUCUUUCUUACUAUCCCGGCGGCCACUACGCGCCUCACUUUGAUUACAUCACGUAUACUUCACCAAAACAGUGGAGUUAUUGGAUGAAGAAUUACGGACAAAGAAUGGCAACUUUUCUUCUUAUGCUCCAGCCUGCGACAAAAGGGGGAGGGACUCUUUUCCCGAAACUACGUGCAACAGUUAUGCCUUCACGUGGAGAUGCGAUUUUCUGGGCAAACAUGAAUGCCACUGGAGGAAAGGUGGAGUGCUCUGGGAAUAGCAGAGAACCUUCUACAAGCAUGUAUCUGUUUCUGCGUAGGUCAUGA